CAUUUCUGUUGUGCUCUACCAAGCAAUAUGCCGCAGUAGUUUUUGUAAACAUAUGGGUUAAAAAUACUUCUUAUUGCUCUCUAUAAAUGAGAGCUGAUGUUCGUCCUUUACCGCUCAUAAAGCAGAAGUUUGCAGUGCCAGUAAUAAAAAUGGCUGAGAACGUAUAUCUGGGUGUGAUCGACGGCCUAGUUGCUUGGAGACAGCGGAAGCGGGAGGACAGGCGGUAGAUUCAGAAAUCAGAAGGUAGAGGACUGGUUGUCAUUCGUUCACCGUUUAGGACUGAUGGACAAGCCUUAUAUAAUGGACUCCAUGUUGAAGGACAGUUAUCUAGGAAGCUUUUGUCAACCACCUAAUAGUUUUCCGUUUGAUAACUUUGAUUCCAAAUCAUUGCCUUCCAAGCAUUUUCCAUCUUCAAAUAUAAAACAUACCAAUCCUCAAUCAUAUGAUAUUCUUCAAGCUCCAAAUGGUAAAGCUCUCCUGUCUGCACUGAGGACGCUUCAGGAGAAGGUGUGUCGCCUAGAGCAGGAGAAGUCUCAUGCUUACCAUCACAUAACAAGCUUGUCCAAAGAGGCAACCCAGGAGAAAACCUCAGAUGGCUGUGGGAGACCUCAUGAGAAGCAGCAAAAUGAUACAGCUAUUCAGUUAGAUGCGGUGCAGCAGCGCUGCACCCUCCUUGAGAAACAGCUCGACUACAUGAGGAAAAUGAUUCGGAAUGCAGAAAUGGAAAAGAAUCUGCUCCUUCAGCAAGAGUCAUUGCAUCAGGAAGACAACACGCAUGAUACUAUACAAGUACAGUCAAAAUUGGAAAAAUUAGAUAUUUUGGAGAGGGAGUGUUCCCAUCUUAAAGCCACUCAGAAACUUGCUGAGAACAAACUUCACCAGUUAGAGGAAAAACUUAGCGCUGAAGAACAGCAACGAAAAAUGAUGCAAGAUAAAGCUGCUCAGAUCCAAACUGGACUUGAAGAGAGCAAGAGAUUAAUGUCUUCUGUUUCAACUAAAAAUGCACCUGAAAAGAAAGAACGUAAAAAGAAGAAAAAGUUGUCCAAAAAUAAGGAGACACAUCAUCCAACAUUUUACCCUAGAGCUGGAGAUCUUCCCUUUGUAGCUGGAAAGUCUACAAGCUCGAGCCAUUCUCUGAGUGCAAAUGUGCAAACUGUACUGCAUAUGAUGAAACAUCAAAGCCAGCGAGUCAGCCCACGGCGCCCUGUGUCUGCAGUAUGCAAAACCUAUAGGAUGCCAAAAUCUAACUGGGGCAGAAUUCCCACUGCAACCUCUAAAGCAACGGACAGUCUGUCUGACCUUUUGCUAGCCCUGCAAGAUGAGCUGGAGCAAAUGAGUUUUGAACAUCAAGAUCUUCUGAAACAGAUACAUGAGACACAGAACCAUGAAAUCCGUGAAGACUUAGAACGUGAGCUUGAGUAUCUUGUUAAGCAAAUGGAAACUAAGAGUGAUCAAAUUCUAAAACUGAAGCAGCACCAGGAAAACGUUGUAAAGCUAAAGAAAAGAGUCCAGACUACGAAGAUCCCUGCCACUAGUGCCCAAUCUGCUGAAGAUAAAAAUAUUAGGAGUUCAGAAGUUCAGGUCACACCACGAAAAAAUCAAGCAAUUCUAACAAAAAGCACCCCUAUUCCCAGAAGCAAGACUUCUCUUGAUCUACUCAAAAAUGUGCAAAAGAUUCAAAUGACUUUAAAGAAAGAUGACAUCAUGUGGGAGAAAUGACAUUAAUUUUCUGUUUGUUUUGUACCUGUGUCACUGUGCUUUUGUUCAUAAAUUUACUUUCUAAUUUAACUUAUUUUUCUAUUUUAAAUAAAGUUUUCAAAUGUG